CUAUAGAUAUAUUGGUAGAUGGUAGAUUGGUAUCUGAUUGAUGGAUGGAUAAAACAUAGAUGGAUAGAUCGAUGGAUUGGGCUUGUUUUUCCUUUCAAAAAUGUCCGAUCAUUCCUCAUUUCCUCCAGCAGGGGACCGAGAAGAGAAAAUCUGGGAGGAAGGAAAAAUAAAUAAAUCCAGGAAUCUUGAGUCAGCAGCCACAGCGGCUUCAGUCUGCUUCUUCUCCUCCUCCUCCUAUUUCCGUGGAUCGAUCUCAGCUGCGAUCACCACACGAUCACUUUGACGGUGGACUGUGAAUUUGCUCCAUUGUACACCACAAUAGGACACAUCUUCCGUGGGAAGUAAAAGAGUAAAACCGAAACAGCGACGAGAGAAGGGUCCGUCUCCAAGUGAAGCCUUGAUGAGCAAGAGGAUUAAAACCCAUCUGCAGACUCCCCACGUGUUCCUCCACUAAACACUUCCCUCAACGCUUCAUGUCUCUCCGAGUUCCAGCCAUGAGCGUCCUGCCUCCGGUCCGAAAGGACCGUAUCAUUGCACAGCUCCCUCGGUAUUUCAGGAAAGAGGCCGCCUCUCACACCGCAGACGACUUCAACCCCAAAGUGAAGACGGCCUGUCAGGAGCAGCGUACGGGCACCGUGGGCAGAUUUAAAAUCUCUAAGGUCAUAGUUGUGGGUGACCUGGCUGUGGGGAAAACCUGUCUGAUUAAUAGGUUUUGCAAAGAUGCGUUCGAUAAAAACUACAAGGCAACGAUCGGUGUUGACUUUGAGAUGGAGCGCUUUGAGGUGCUCGGUGUUCCUUUCAGCCUUCAGCUCUGGGACACUGCGGGCCAGGAGAGGUUCAAGUGCAUCGCUUCUACGUACUACAGAGGAGCCCAGGUUGUGAUUAUCGCGUUUGAUGUAAACGACGUCGCCUCUUUGGGCCACGUGAGACAGUGGCUUGAAGACGCCCUGAGAGAGAAUGACCCCACUGCUGUUCAGCUGUUCCUUGUUGGCACAAAGAAAGACCUGAGUUCCCCUGCACAGUAUUCUCAGAUUGAACAAGAUGCCCUCAAACUAGCACACGAGAUGCGAGCGGAGUACUGGGCCGUGUCCUCGCUGACCGGGGAAAACGUCAAAGAGUUUUUCUUUCGAGUCGCAUCGUUGGCCUUUGAGACCAACGUUCUUGCCGAGUUGGAGAAAAGUGGUCCGAGGCAAAUUGGGGGCGUCGUCAGAAUAAACAGCACUUCAGACAAUGUGUACGCUUCAUCAAAGAAGAAGCAGGCAAACUGCUGUCAGUAAGGUUGGCGGCAGAUGUUUAGUCAAAGGUACACACUUAAAAAUGAGGGAAAAGACUGUAUUUCUGCAGUGGAGGCAGGAGGAGGGAGUUUUACUUCCUGAAAUGUUUGAGUUUAGUUUUUCCUGGCCUGGAAAGCUGUGGAAUCUUGUGGUAUUGCUCAGUUUAACUCGUCUAGAGUUUCAGUGACGCAGGAAUUAUGCACAGAAGGACUUUUACUGCGGAGAGUGACUGUGGGUGCGUAUGACACGGUGUGUGUGUGGAUGCUUAAAUAUUCGGUCUCGCUGCUUUAUUUUUGUUAAACCGUUACGAUUUUUCACAACAGUCUGGUUUACCUUUUAAUGUCGGUCAUUUUUUAUGUCAAAUAACCUCUUUUCAUGAUAAUAAACUGUAGACACGAUGGUAGGAGGGUAUUUUUCUGCUUAACUAUCCUGCUAAUUAUCUCAUGACCUUUCACAUUUGCCUUCUGACCUUUCCGACCUCCCGACCAAGAUUCAUUGUUGUAGAUGCUGACUUUUACACUUUUUCCUUCAUUGGUACUUUUUGCUUUUUGUUUACAAUGACUGAAUUCGAACCAUCCAUUUUUUAGUGGUUUAAGCGUUUAUUUUUACAUGUAAUAAAAAUAUAUAUUAAAAAAAAACAUUUGAAUGUCUUUUGAAAAUAAAACAUUUCAACAGUUAUUUAGUUGAAACAAGAAUUUCAGUGUAUUUCUUAAAAAUAAGUUACUGCUGAUGCUGAUUUUAAACUUGGCCCCAGGCCAACGUGUUGCAUUAGAAUUUUGGUAAUAGCGACAUAAAUGCUUAAAUGUUACGCUAGUUCUAGAAAAUUAGCCAUGAUGCAAAGAUGUUACUCAUCUGACAAAAGCAUAGUGCUUUCCUAAAUGAAUUUCCAUGAAUGAAGCAUUGCAUUUUUUACUAAUUAACUUUGCCUCUCUACACACCUAGUAGAGUUAGUAAUGUGGACUGCUUUUUUUUAGUCGUUAAGCAUUACCUUGAAUUCCAAUUCUUUACAAAAUAUUGCCACGUCAGAGAUUUGUGUAUUUCUUAAGACGCUACUACUACCAAAUACCUAGAUUUGUAGCUACAUAUUGUGCACAUGAAUCAAUCCGACUCUGUACUUGAUACUAAUUGAUAUCAACACUGCAGUCGAGAAGCCUUGAGAACAAUGACUUUUUACAAAUGUUAAUUUUUCCUCUCACGCCUCAGUUGUUGGGAAUCCUCAGAGGACGUAAAAAGAAACUCCGGUUACCAUCAUGUUCCCAGCUGCAACAACAAAACCCAUUAUUUUACAGUUUAUUCUCAGACGAGAAAGGUUAUUGCAGUUGUUAAAUAAACAGAUCUGGAAUUUCAUCCCAGAGUUGAUGCUGAGCUGAGGACGGAGCCUUUCUGCCUUCAAUUAUU